UUAAACCACUCAAUCUCAAUACAUUAUGGUGGAAAAAGUUUGUUUUACUAUCUUCUUAUGCCUCUCAGCUUGUUUAGCCACCCUUUUCCCAGAGGUAAAUGGUGCAAGGAGACAACCGCAGGAUAAUAAGCUUAUCCUUAAUGGCCCCGAAAAGCUCUUUGUUUUCGGUGACUCCUAUGCUGACACCGGUAAUUGGCCAUCUACUGAUACUUCCAGGUCUUGGAGAGAACCUUAUGGUAUGACUUUUCCCGGCAAACCUUCCGGCAGAUGGUCUGACGGUCGCGUUCUCACCGAUUACAUAGCUGCAUAUCUGGGAAUAGGAUCCCCACAACCCUACAAUUUGUGGAAAGCAGAUGGGGAAGCAAAGCAAUAUGGGAUGAAUUUUGCAUAUGGAGGGGCAGGUGUGUUUGACACAAUCGAAGGCUGUCCGAACAUGGCGACACAAAUAAAUUAUCUGCAACAACUCCUUCAACAAAAUGUGUACACCAAACACGACCUUACAUCGUCCGUAGCUCUUGCCACUUCGGUCGGAAAUGACUAUGGGAAUUAUCAUGGACAAGAGGAAUUUGUUGAAUCCAUUACGAAGCAGAUUAGUGUGAACCUUAAACGCAUUCAUGAGAUGGGAGUCCCCAAAGUAGCCGUGACAGCAAUGCAACCUUUGGGGUGCCUACCCUUGGUAGCUUUUUCAACUGGUAACUACCCAAACUGCGACCAAAACACAAACAACAUUACGAGGUUUCACAAUCAAAUGUUAAAACAAAGGAUAGACCAACUCAACUACCAAACCGAUGGGUCACCUUUUGUUGUUCUUGAUCUCUAUGCUGCCUUCACGUCAGCCUUGAACAUUAAACACGACCAACAUCCUGGGAAAUCUAGUUUCCCACAUCCAUUGGCGCCAUGUUGCCAUGGUAAGUGUGGGGAGGUUGAUUUGAGUGGGAAGAAGGAAUAUGGAGUGUGCGAUGAUCCAAAAGUGGCAUUCUUCUGGGAUUUAACACACCCAUCACAGCAAGGCUGGUUUGCUGUUUAUUCUGGCUUGAAAUCUUCUCUUCCCCAUCUGUUUCAGCCUCAGCAGGCCACCGCAAUUGUUUAGACAAUUCAAUGUUUAUGAACAUUGAAUAAUAAGAUCAACCAUCCUAUUAGCAUUAUUAGCAUCUUCACCCUAGCUUGUUUAAUUUUUCUCAUUUACCUUUUGCUCCACUUAAAUAUAUCUAUACACUAGUGUAAUCCGCACAGCUGAUGAGUAAUGAGCAAUGUUUGGUAGAUUUAAUUUAUAAUUAAUUUAUAUUUUGUGGAUAAUUAGUUCAAAUCAUCCCUAAAAGGUAACCAAG